UUAAAGUGACGUCACCAUCGAGCAGUUCCUGGGUUUUUGGUGCAUUUUUUUAAGCUUUCAAUCGAGCUUGUACUUUACCGAACCGAGCGUCAUCUGGAGAGUGCUGUCCAAGCUUUGGAGGACGUUUUUCUUUGCGACACCGGUUCACCUUGGAGAAACCAGUGGUGUGUGUCAGUCAUCAGCUUCCCCUGUUUGCUUGUAAGUUUUACAUUGAACAGGAAGACAGACUGAGAGGAAACUGCUGUGGCUUCUUCUUCAGCCUCAGAAUGACUGAGUUCUGGGUUUGCUUCAGCUGCUGCAUUGCAGAACAGCCACAACCUAAGCGGCGGCGACGGAUCGAUCGCUCUAUGAUUGGCGAGCCAACAAACUUUGUUCACACCACACAUGUAGGUUCAGGGGACCUGACCAUGGGAUUUCCAUCAGUGGAUCUUGUUCAGGUCCAGGUCAAACCUAAAGGGGACUACACAGCAGGAAGCUCUGAAAGAUCUCACUUAUAGCAAGGCCUUCACUAGAUCACAUGGAAACUACUGUUGUUGAUAUGAGGAAGCAUUUUUCAAAAGCAGUUGUGUCUGUGGACACCGGACCAAAAGAUGAAACUACUGCUUUUUCAUUGUGUUGUGUACAUAUUUUUAUUUUUCCAUUCCUUUUUUAGAAAAGAAAAUAUGAAAGCACUGCUAUCCAUUUGCUGCCAUACCGUUGCACUGUAUAGAGUAACUUCAGAGUAGAAACGAGGGUUUAAAAAGCUCCUAGUCUGUGAGAUGAAUGCUUGUUUGUAUGCAUGAGGGGGCAAAAAAAAAGAACCUUUCCAAAAAUAUUUGCUGUUGUAGACUAUUUGGAUUCCUGUAUUUAUUAUCUGAUCUAUAAACGGACCUCAAGGUGGCUGGGCCACACUGGAGAUUUUGAACAUUCAUUUCCUUACUUUUAUUAUCAAAGGUUUAUCACAGGAUAGGUAGUGGUAGCAAGUAAAAAAUAGAAAUGCCUAAAUGUUCAUUGUUGUAUUCUAAGAAACUUGAGUUGCUUUCAGGGAUGAAGAUUGCUGUUUUGUUUUUUCUUAACUUGAAACAAAUAGAGUACACUGGACCAUGCAUUAUGCACUCACUUGCUUAGGAAUUUUGCUUUUUUUUUUUAAGUAAUCAUUUAGAUUGAAUAUUAUAGUGUUUUAAUAAACUAUAAACUUCCUAAUUUGUCGUCAGCGGCUAUGUUAGUCAUUUGUGUGAUUUGGCAUCAUUAGGGUUUAUUCAUUUACGAGACAUUGAUGCUUAUGUUGGCUUUUGUCUUGAUGCCUGCAUAUCAGCUGUAGAUGUACUCUGUUUAAAAACAAAAUAUCAUAGUCCAGGUUUUUUUUUUUAUUCAUGCAUUCAUUUUUAUAUCAUACUGCAUUAAUUGAUGCACAGAAUGUGACUGUAACUGGCUCACACUUACAAAUACUGUUACAAACCUGGGUGAUUGUUCAGACUGUUUAUCAAAUCUUGGGGGGGUUAAUUUGGUCUCCUCUAAAGGUCUUGGGUGUCUCAUUAUUGACCCAACUUCCACAUCUCUUAAAGCUGACAGUUGCUGUCAGUUGUCAUUUUUGUAGCAGGUUGUUAAUUUUCUUUUACUGUGUAUAGUUGGUCUGUGCAAUUUUAUUCAAGAAAGGUGUGACAACGGCUGGGUUAGGCUCCACUCCCCUGUGACUCUUAAGUGGAAUAAGCAGGCUUAGAAAAUGGAAGGAUGGAUGGAUAGAAAAAUGUGAAAUAACCUUCAAAGUUAAAAUGAAAGCGUAGAAAUAGCUUUUGUUUCACAAUGUUGACCCACAUUUUGAGAUCAUUUUUGUAAAAUAUAACAUGUAAAAGUAAAUGCUAUAGUUUUUCUCUGAGCUUAAAUAAAACCUAUUAAAGUUUGAAAUUUACACUUACUGUCUCACCCUGGAAAAAAAAUUAGUCAUUGGAUAAACUCAAUUGAGCAGGAUUUCUAUCCAAGAAAUACAUAUUGCCUUAAUUAGAUUAUGUAAAUUUUGUGUGGCGUUACGUUGAGUUGGGGAUGCGUAUAUUUAUUGGAUGCCAAAAAUUUUAUUGAGUUUACCCAGUGAGUCUGUUUGUUUUUCUUUUUUUGUGUGUGAACUUCUUGUCACCUUUUCCCCAACUCAUAGAAGGUCUGAAUCCUGAAGAGCAUUUUCAUCUGCAGUAUUUUAUUCUGUCAUAUUUCUGGAUGGGGCUCUCUUUAAAACAAAACAAAAGUAAAUGUUUCUAAAACCAAAAGCGGCAUCUGCAGUAUGACUAAUGCAUGGUUCCUCCCAUUUGUGUGUUCAGUGUUCAUGGCGUAGGCCUACCUCCUGUUCAUCGCAACCAACUGACCUGAUGUCAGGUUGUUCAGGAGACCAUGAUUGUAAUGCACAUGUUUGUGUGUUGUCCAUGUGCGUCUUGUGGUUGAAUAUUUCUGGUCUUUUUCAGAUGCUGUGUUAUUUUUCAGCACGAGCACACUUGUGCACAGCAGCUUGUGCUGUAAUGGGAAGUAAUGAUACUGUAAAUUUAAAAGUUGAAUAAAUCCCUUGUUGGUUUGUUUAAGAUUAUAGUGGAUUUGUAUAUUUUUAUUGUUCUUAAUUAUGUAACUUGGAGUAGGUAUAAUGCAAUUUUCUUUUUUGCUGAGUUGCCAAUUUGUUAGGAAUUUAAUUUCUUUUGUCUGCAUUUUUCAGAGUCAGCGGGGACAAAAAUAAAAGUUGAACCUUUCAUCU